GUUAUAUUAUACAAAGUUAGGUUGAUUGUUGGUUAAACGUGUCUUGUGUAAAAUUAAUAUUAUUUUAUUAUCACAACUAUGGAAUAUGAAAGACAAAAACCAGCGAACAAUUCUGAAAUACCAGAAAGAAAGAAGCCAAAAACCAAUAAAAGGACAUUGGACAAAAUAGCCAGGGUUAAAGGUGAACCUUUUUUUAAUAAUAAGGAAAUAGCCAAGCAAGCUAGAGUUACUGGGCCAGAUUGCAGAUGUGCUCGAUCAAAAUGGUUUGAGAAGAUUACAGAAGACAAAAGAAAUACCACUUUAACCAAAUUUAAUAUGCUGGAAUCUAAAGAUGCACAGGACAGUCAUCUUGCUGUUAGAGGACAUUCUUUUUUAUCAAAUGGCAGAGAUUUUUCUAUCAUCGAGAAACACAAGAAAACUGCAACCGUUGAAGUACGUUCAGAAUGGGACAAGAUUAUAAAGGAAGCACGAGAAAAACCAUCCCCAUAUGAAUUUGUUAACGUAAACUCAAACAUGAUAUUUGAUUUAUCAAGCAAUAUUUCUCAAUACUUUCUAAAAAACCCAAAACCACCGGUAAAAAACAGCAAGAAUGCUUAA